GGGCGUCUUGACUUCUGGUCAGUUUUGUUCUGUUUCCAUAAAAACAUCACGAAAAGGCUACUCCAUUGUAGUAUGAUGCUUGGGGAAACCAAAAUUGAUGUUUCGGGACCAUGAUCCUUUGUACUUGAUUCUAGAAUAAGCCAGGGCUUUUUUUUUUUUUAAAGAUUUAUUUGUUUACUUAUUUUAUAUAUAAGUACACUGUAGCUGUCUUCAGGCACACCAGAAGAGGGCAUCGGAUCUCAUUACAGAUGGUUGUGAACCACCAAGUGGUUGCUGGGAUUUGAACUCAGGACCUCUGGAAGAGCAAUCAGUGCUCUUAACCACUGAGCCAUCUCUCUAGCCCCAAGCCAGGGAUUUUGAUUCUCUGAUGUGAGUGUUGUUUUAUUCCUUAAUAUGGAGCUCUGAAGUUGGAUGAUAAGGGGCGGUUGCUGGAUAGCAAGUCCCAGGAAGUCAGUCCAUGGGCCCUCUAACCCUCUAGAGACCUCUCCUCCUAGUCCCUGACUGUCUUUCACAGACCACAUCUCACCCAUUCCUAAUAUGUCUGGGUCCUUCCAUCUGCAGAUGUUUUUCCUAGAUGCUGCCAUUCUUAACAUCUGGAUUGACAGAAGCCACAGAAUAGAAUACUCAGGGCCCAACCUGAGUUACAGCCACGUCCCCUCUAGACAUGCCCACUGCAUCAUAAAGGGACAGGUAGCUAGAGGGAUCCACUCCAACAUUCUGAACCGUGAUACACGGAGGGCACGUCCGUCCUCGAACCCUUGGGGAAACAGGACAAUCUGUGUGCCAGUGCUGGACUUCCACUUCCUGAAGAGUAGGAGACUAAUUGAAUAUGUGGAGAGCAAUGAAAGAUCCCUGGGACAAGCCUCUAGGUUGGCCAUUAGGUCUAAUUCGGUAACCCAGGGGUUUAAAGACCUCAGGGCUGCCCCAGGAAGUAGACAGGGUCUGGGUGAUCAGCCCCACAGCCUGCCUAGCACUUCUCAUGGCAAGAAGCAACCAGAUCGUCUUCCAUACCUUACGAGCUAUGCUAGCAAGAACCAUGCCCCUGACCCUACGUUUAGCUUGUCUGUAGUCUCCAAAAGGGUCUUUCAGUGUGAUUCUGUCAAAGGCCCAGAGCACAGGCGGACAUUUGUUGGACACGCUGGCUUGCAGAACAGCCCCGAAGCAACAGCAGGGGAGGCCCAGGGGAAAAAGAGGAUAAAGGCGUUGCUUAGCAAGGCUAGAAAGCAGACGGAAAAAGCCUCAAACCAAGUAGACACCAGGCAGUUCCAGAAGCAAGAGGUGGUUAUGAACACCGAACGCCCAAGCAAGAAACAUCAGCAACAGCAACAAGAGAGCCUGGAGGGUCUGAAGAGUGGCCGUCUGGGAGGAGGAGACAACACAGGGCUCAGACAGUCACAAGGGCCUUUCAGGUACUACGGAUGUCUUGCUCCUCCACGAGGAAACACCUUUUUGCAGUGCAAGAAGAUCAAGCCCUAUUCUAGAGAGUCAGUCUGGAUAGUGUGCCCCUUAUUGGAGAGCAAGGGUCUGGAGAGGAGCGGAAGCCAGUUCCUUCAGGCCAAGACGAGCUGGAAGCCAUGAAAGUCUCCAGAGGAAGGAAAGCCCAGACUCCAUUCUUGGAAAAUACUUCCCUGCAGGGAAAAGCAAAGGGUUUGGGCCAAGAUCUGCUGGCCAAAGCCAAGCCCUGGCUCCUAAAGAGGAAGAAGAUGCAAGCCAUGGAGAUGUUGACCAAACCCCAUCACCAUAGAGGACUCUGCCUAGAAAACAGCAGAAAGGAAGUAAAACGGUUUUCUCAGGACAUCCAACAAGGCGCUUUGGAAAGGAACAUCGCGAGGCCUAAGUGGUUGCCAAGGGAGGAAGGCUGGGACCACAUGGUCCAGGGAAUCCCCGUUGUUUUUGCAGUUCGGUACUGUACUUAAUCUCUCACAGGGAUCAAAAGACCAGAGUGCUCCGAAGUCCAGGCUGAGCUUAUCCAUUAGCAAAUCAAGUAUUACCUACUCAUAAGUGCUAUCAACCUAUGAUGUCUUAUGUGUGGGUAGAUGUGAAUGCUUAUGAGAUGAGAAGGCGGGGCUAAAGGCCAGGCCAGCCCUUGACAGCAAGUUGAGCUUGGGAGGAUAGCAGGCACAGCAGCUGCUUGCCGGACAUCUCAGAAGGAUACAGCCUGCCCAUGGACACCAAGCUUUAGGAUGCUACAAGCAUCCCUGACUUGAAGGCUCUCUGUAGGCUGAGAACCAAUGGGGCUGAGAGUCUGGACUGAAAUAUUUCAUUCCGGAGACGAGCGAUACAUCGUGGACAAAGGAGGACCCGAGAGACAGCAGUCACUUUCUCUGCAUCCUGCUCUGCGAGCAUCUUUGCUCCACGAGCCAGAAAAUGUUUACUAUUUCUUGGUCUUGGAAGCCAUGGCUCUUUCAUUUGGUGUCGAACCUUGUGGUGGAGUGAGGCCUGUCUUCAUGAAGCACAACCCUGCCAUUUCCAGCAGACACAGACCUCCAUCGCCGUCUCCGACAACCAGCUGCACGUGCACGUUCGGGAAAGAGGAACGUGAAGGGGAAAGAGGCGUGGCCAAGGGUAGGAACCCGCUGGGAACAAUCGAACCUACAGGUAGGUCUGAGACCCAGUGUGUCUCUCUGACACUGAUGUGGUACCCUCGAUGCUUCUGUUGCAGAGCUCAAUAAGGGAACGGGGACCAGAACGCUUUCACCAAUGACAGAGUCCUCUUUGGUGCAGAUGACAGUGAGCUCAAUGGGCCAGGGAACUGAGGCAUACAGGGCUCCGGAUGAGAAUCAGACAAGGUUCCAAGAGUUGGCUGGGAUCCCAGGUAUUCCGUGUGAUAGUAAGAGUUGGAGACAAGAAAACUUGAGGGCAAACAUCGCUGCUGAGGACAACAGGAGGUUCCUCUUGCCGAGUGUGUGGGGAUCACCAGUUGAUUGGAUGGAAAUCUGACUGCAGAGGAGAGGAAACAUGACUAGCAGCAGCAGCAACUUGGGGGCAACAACCCGCCAGGCCAUGCUCGAGUGUUGGUGACAUACCAGGCAGAAUGGCUGAGGCCCUGGGCUUCCUUCCCUAUUGGGGGAGCUCUCCUACGGUGGUGCUUUAGUGCGCACUGUGGAACAGGGUGUUUAUAGCAUUCUUUCAGAGGAAGACAUUUGGUGGACCUCGGUUCAGCAAGUUCUGGGCAGUUGAACUACUACAGUAAUUUCCUGGGCACUCCUGGUACUCGAAUACUGACCACAUGUAUAGGGAAAAGAAAUAAGGCUGUGUUCUGUAAGCAUUGAAUCAUGAAUAGAAAAUGUAAUGUCUUAAAUAAAAUUGUUUAAAUUCUGCACCAAAAA